GGCGGGAAAGCUGGGCAAGAUGGACGUGCACAUGGAGGUGGUGAUCGUAGGUGGAAUCGUCACUGAUCGAGUCAGCUACUACAGGGAGAUUCCGUCGCUAGGGGAUAAGUCCGUUCAACCAAACCACGUGAAGAUCCAAUGCGGAGGGAAGGGCGCCAAUAUGUCCGUCAUGUGCUCCAAGCUUGGCGCCAGGACGGCACUUAUAAGUAAGAUCGGGGAGGACGACUAUGGGAAGAUGCAUCUUCGAGGACUACAUGAAUAUGGGGUGAAUACCGAAUAUGUCGAAGCAUCACCGGGCGUCAGCACCGACAUGGUCGAUAUCGCCGUUGCCGAGGACGGGCAGAACCGGAUUGAUGAGGUCUCAAGAGCUUGUAUGUAUCUCAUUCAACCAGGCGAUAUCGAGAGAUGCGAAGCAAUGAUCAAACAAGCUGCUGUGAUUGGAGGUAUACUUGAGCCGUAUGUAGAGACAACUGUCGCUUCGCUGAGAUUGGGACGGAAAUAUGGACUGAUUACCUUGUUCAAUGCAGCUCCUUUGUUGGACUGCAGCUCUGUAACUGACGACGUCUUUCACCUAACAGAUGUUUUCUUCUGCAAUGAAUUCGAGGCCGGCACAAUAACUGGACGUCCCUGUCACUCUGUGGAAGAAGCUAAGUCGGUUUGUAGAUGUCUGUUGGAGAGGGGUUGCAGUGUCGCCAUCAUUACGCUCGGACAUCAAGGAUGCGUGUAUGGGAGAGUUCAAGGUGGAGAGGCUAAACAUUUACCGGCCAGAGAGGUCCAGGCCGUGGAUUCCACAGGAGCCAGUGACGCAUUCUUUGGAGCCCUGUGUUUCUACUUCGCCCGAUUCUGCCAUUUAGACUUAGAAGAAAAAAUAAGGCGUUCAAUGGAGAUAGCUACCAUUAGUGUAUUAAAUGAAGGUACCCAAGCCAGUUAUCCUUACGCUAGUGACCUUAGUGAGAAGUUGUUGAACUAGCAUUCGCCUACUCCAUCGAACAGGGUGUCUUGUAUCGAGCCAUGCUACGAAACCCGUUGCCUCAGCAAAAAGGACCAAUUACGGCUAAGAUGCAAGAAGCAGGAUGCCAGGCACACUUAAGCUGUCAGCCAGGCACACUUAAAGCAGGACGCCAGGCACACUUAAGUAGUCAGCCAGACUGCACUUUCAUGCUGUUUGGCUGACUGGUUCGGCCGACUGGUUCAAUUCUUUGGUCUUUAAAGAAGUACUCAUGACAUUAUAUAAAUAGUUUAUCAGUCUUCAACAUCUCUUCCGGAUCUGUGAUAUGAAAGGGACAUUCCUCAGCAUCCGAUCGUGACAUUCUCCGACAUACUGCAGGCAGGAGCGAGAUUUAAACAAAUAAAAAGUCAAAUGAAAUCAUUCGCCGGUGAACACGUUCUGGUUAAUCAUUUCUACAAAACGACGUAAGGCGGGUGGGAUUCACGUUUUCACUUGUCAUGAGACGGGUGUUACCAUCACGUGCACGGCGGUAACAUGACAGUGGUAUAGGUCAAUGUGAAUCGUGUAGCCCACACUCUUGAAAUGAUUUGUUAGUAUUCCAUGACUCGAAUGACAUGCGCAAAGUGACACGUAACAUGUGAAAACGUGAACCCCAUCUUGAUCACUGCUCAUCCUCCGCUUGGAUUUUCCACAAUGAAACGUGUGUUCCACAGUGAAACCAUAUGCCAACCCAAACGCCACUAACAAGGAGGGACUUGAUGAGGGCGAUGGGUAAUAUGAGCCUUUUACUCGGUUGACAUAUCAAGGAAGCCUCAAAAAGGACUACACUCCCGGUCUGCUCGAC